UCGGCUAUAUAUACAUACAAGUUGAGCAAUAACAAGUGCAAGCAUUGUACCACCACAUUUCAUCAAAUUAAGCAUCCAAACUAAACAGUAGUUAUGGCUUUUCUUGCAGUAACUUCUCUAAUGAGAACUUUAGAGUUUCAGUUCCUACACCCCCAACCACGAGUCACUCUUUCAAACAAAGAGCAGAUUAAGUGUCUUCAUGAAAAACUUGGCUGUCUGCUAGUUUUUCUUGAAAAAUUUGAGAAGAGUGGCGACCAAUUUUUGGAGAUGAGAGAAGUCACAGAAAAAAUUAUAGAUGUGACUGUCAAGGCCGACGAUGACAUUGAAGCGGAUCUGUUGAAGGUUCAUUCUCAUCGGCACAAACUUGAUGAAACUUUGCAGCGCGUAGUAGAUGACGUUGAAGAGCUGAUGCGGAUUACAUCGAACACCAGAGACCUUGUCAACAGUAAUCUCACGGAUGGAGGCUCCUCACAACAUACCUCGCAUGUGGAUGUGGUCCACGAGGAGGCCGAUGCAAUGGUAGGACGCUCAGAAGAGCUGAAUGAGGUAACCAGUCAGCUCCUCCGUAGCACAAUUAAAACACGCCUAGUAAUCUCAGUUGUGGGCAUGGGCGGCAUCGGGAAGACAACUUUUGCUAAAAGAAUUUAUGAAGAUCCUACAGUCAAAUCUCAUUUUGAUAAACGUGGUUGGACAACCAUGUCUCUCGAGCAUAACAAAGGGCAAGCGAUCCUUGACCUUUGUCGUUGCGUCUAUCCACCAAGCAGUGCCUUCAACAAGGAUCUAGAAAACCAUCUACGCAGAAGUUUAUUGGGCCAUAGGUACCUUAUUAUUGUGGACGACAUAUGGACUACUGAAGCUUGGGAUGAUAUCCACAGAUGUUUUCCUGAUGAAAAUAAUGGGAGCAGAAUAUUGUUGACCACUCGGGCUAGAGAGAUAGCCCAGUAUGCAGGCUCUGGUGAGUAUUCUUAUAACAUGAGUAUCUUAAAGGAAGAUGAAGCUUGGGGUUUAUUUUAUCAGAAGUUUUUGCAUAAAGAAGUACUUGAGAAAGUUUCAUUUAAAGAAAUCGCUAUGAAAAUUGUUCAAAAAUGUCAAGGUUUACCACUCACAGUUGUGGUGAUAGCAGGACUUCUAUCUAGAACGGAUGAGUUAAUAGAUGAAUGGGAAAAUGUUGAAAGAAGAUUAAAUUCUCUAGUGGCUUUAGACCUUUAUGAGCAACUUUCAAAAAUAUUCACUUUGAGUUACAAUCACUUGCCUAGUCAUUUGAAAGGUUGCUUCUUGUAUUUAGGAGUUUUUCAUGAAGAUAGUGAGAUUCCAGUUAAAAAGCUUAUUAGGUUAUGGAUUGCUGAGGGAUUUGUAGAGACAAUGAGUCAUAGAAAGAGGCUAGAAGAAGUAGGUAGAAAUUAUUUGCAAGAUCUUAUUGAUAGAAGUUUAGUUAUGGUUAAUGAGAGAAGCUUUGAUGGCAAAAUCAAGACCUGUCGGAUGCAUGAUCUGCUACAUGAGUUGUGCACGAGCAAGGCUAAAAAUGAGAACCUUUUGAAACUUGAAACUACCGGUAGCAGGCAUAGGUUUGAUCGCUUUGUUCGAUUAAAUGAUCGUUGGUUAAGUCUUAAAGUAGUAAAUCCAGAUUUUCAUUUUUCCAUUUCUUCCAAGAAAUUGCGUUCCAUUUUAUGUUUUAAUAGCUCUGGUAGGGAAUGGUAUUUGCUAGCCACAUCUUUUAAGAAGUUAAGAGUGUUAGACUUGAGCAAGAUUAACUUCAGGUCCGGUGUGCCUCGAGAUAUUACAGAUCUUGUUUUCCUAAGGUACCUAGCAUUAGCCUCAAGUAUGCUUCUAAACCAUAUACCUUUGGACAAGAAUUGGAAUCUACAGACACUAAUCAUCAGUGGAGAAGAUGAUGACGAUGCCCACGAGCUGCUGCCUCAUGGAAUUUGGAAUAAUUUGCAACAACUAAGGCAUCUUGAAAUCAACCACAAGCUGCAGGUUUCUAUUGAUCUUCUAAAAGUUCAAGAAAACAUGCACACACUUUAUUGGUUGUCUAUCUCACAGUGCACAGCUGAAGUGUUUAAGAGAAUCCCGAAUGUUAAAGAGUUGGGAAUAGUUGCAGGAGAACACGACGAAGUGUUGCCACAAGGUUUAAAUAACCUGUGUUGUUUAAAUUAUCUUGAGAAGCUAAGAGUUGAUGGCUCUGACCACCCUUUACACUUGCCUCCACAGCCACAGGGUCAUAUUUUCCCAAAAAACCUUAAGGAGUUGACAUUUUCGAGUACCUGCAUACCAUGGAGCGACAUGAGUAUUAUUAGUAUGCUACCUAAUCUGGAGGUGCUUAAACUCAAGAACUCCGCCUGCACGGGACAGGUGUGGGAACUAAUUGAGGAUCGUGGCUUCCCUCAGUUAAAAGUUCUGAUCAUUUCUCUCACAGAUUUGAAGGAGUGGAAGGCAUACGUGGACUCUUCUUUCCCGAAACUCGAGCGCUUAAAACUAAAAAAGUGCUUCGAGUUGAAACAGAUGCCAGAUUGUUUUGAAGGUAGCCUGACACUCCAAUUAAUUAAGUUGGUGUAUUGCUCUGCUUCCCUUGUUUGUUCUGCUAACCACAUUAAAGAGGAGCAACUUAACAUCGGGAAUGAUAUAUUUGAUGUUCUUGCCUUCCAUACUCAACCAGACUAUCACCAUGUUGAUCCUCUAAGUAUAGAAGAAGGUUCUAGUGAAUAAACUUGUAGAGAUCAAAAGAAACCUGAGUAUCCCCAUACUUUAAUGGUCUUGGAUGACAAAACGCAGAUCCCCUCCCUGGAAAGGCAAGUAGCAAUCCAAGGAGGCAGAAGCUAGGGAAGUUCUAAAAUGGAUGAAGGAACUAAACUUGGACAGAAUUCAAGCAGAGAUGGACGCUCUUCAAGUUCUUCAGAUCCUACAUCUACCGCAUUUAGACUGUCCGACCUUUUGAUCUCAUCAUUAUUAAUGACAUUUCUGGAAUAGCUGUAAAUUUUCAAAGCUUAAUUUUAGCUUUUGUUUGUUAAGCGAUUUGCGAUAUGCAUGGUUGCCCAUUUGCUUACUAGGAAGCCAUAUUGAAGUUAGGUUGUGUUGUUCUUGAUUUUCCUCCUCUCCCUGUUGAGGAUAUGAUGUACUGGUUUAUGAUCUAAAUUAAUGUUACGACUGCUUUUUUUUUUUUCCAAAAAAAA